AUGCCCAAUAAUACGUCGCGUCUACUAGGGUUAGAUCUACCAGCGUUUUAUCAGUUUGGUAUUUCAGAUAAGUCUGAUCCACCAAUGGAAAGAGAAUAUAAAGUUACUGAAGCUUCUAUUGGCGGAGAUCACUUUGCUGCUAUUUUUUUUGGAAGCACAAUAUGGAACAACACGGUUGGUUACCAAAGUUUAGAAGAUAAUGGAAUAUUCAGGUCCAGCAUAAAGUACAGAGUACAAGAUCGGCAGGUCGUUGGUGGCUUUGCAGAAAGUAUCUGGGUGGUGUAUACCGUCAUUUUCUUUGUCCUUGCAGUUAUACUCCUUGGUCGUAUUCGUUCCAGUUGGUUAUUAGUUCCAUUCAUAUUAUUUGCCAUUCUUGCAGAUACAGAACUUAUCCUUAAACUUGUUCAAGGUCACCCAGAUGAAGAUAAUGCACUCGACACGGCCACAAGAAGCUCAACAAUCCACCGACUACCAAUACUUUCCGUCUUACUAUUCGACGGCAUAAUAAUAUCGCAACUGGUAUUUAUAAAUCACCUCGCAAUCGCCUUUUCUCAACGCACACGAUGGGCCAGUCUUCGAUAUUUUGAGCCAUCCGAAAAGUCCUUGAUAGAACCUAAUAUGAGCGUCAUAACCAAAGACGAUCUAACACCAUCACCCGUUCGACCCUGGGUCUAUUGGCUCAACUUGGUGAUCGUAUUCUUAUAUGUCGUAAUUACAGUCGUAUACCUUGGCUUUGAAAUCCUCGAACGCACAGCCGAUAUUUCCUAUGCGUUAGUAGUUCCAAUUUGCAUCACAGGCAUGGCCGUUUUGGCAGUAACCAAUGCUCUUGUUGUGUGGGGAAGCAACCAGUUCAGGUCUGCUCGUCAUAUCAGAGUUCUUCGACAAAAUCAUCGAAACUUGAGUUAUCUCCUUCUGUCUCCAAUCCUUUUUUCAGUCACCUUAACUACGACGGCUACCCUUUCAUGGGUUAUAUAUUUUGCAGCAUUUGUAAACGUUACGUCCGAUACUCCGGCUCUUCUCCCAAUUACGUCUACAGUUUGGUUCAUACUGGAGGGCUUGCUAAUAUAUUUACCAUUAUUUGGUAUUUUGCUGAUGUGUUUCUUUGUACAAAAAUUGGAUCUUCUUUGCAUCUACCAGCCAAAACUUUCACCCUCCUCAAGCCUCACAGCCCGCAAGCCUGUGAUGACAACACCGCGUAAAGAUUCAAUUCAAAAGGACGGUGAAGAUGGCUUUGUUCGUCUCAGCUUAGAAAACAAUUUCCCCUUGUCUGUGCCACCCGCCGCAGCCCCACAUCACCAUGGGAUGCGCACAUAA